CAGACCUGUGUCUCGUGAUCUGCGUUGAGACUACGGAAAUGGGUUGAAUCAACCAAUCUUAUCGCAGGCGGGAAUUUGAACAUUCGUCUCAACCAAUCAGCAUCCACUAGCCACUGGAGCAUCGGAUUCGGCGGCGCUUGUGGAUACGCAGCCACAUUGCUUUGUAGCGUAUCUCCACGUUAUAUAUUCUAUAUUUUUUUUGUUAACCAAGGCAUAAUAAUUAGGUUCAUUAAAGAAAAAAAAUCAUUCGCGCCCUGAAGGACACCAACCCGAAGCGAUGACAGGCUCAAACGAGUACAAGUUAAACCAGGGACCGGAGGACGGCAUCUCUGCUGUCAAGUUCAGCCCCAGCACAGCCCAGUUCCUGCUGGUUUCUUCCUGGGACUGCACUGUUCGUCUCUUUGAUGUCACAGCCAACACCAUGCGGAUGAAAUACCAGCACACAGCUCCAGUUUUGGACUGUGCUUUUUAUGACCCAACACAUUCUUGGAGUGGAGGUUUAGAUGCACAAUUAAAAACUCACGAUUUGAACACAGACCAAGAUACAAUAGUUGGAACGCAUGAUGCUGCCAUUCGUUGUGUGGAAUACUGCCCAGAGGUUAAUGUCAUGGUAACGGGUAGCUGGGACAGAUCAGUUCGGCUCUGGGACCCAAGGACGCCCUGCAAUGCUGGCACAUUUACCCAGCCUGAAAAGGUGUAUACCCUCUCUGUGGCUGGAGAUAGGCUGAUCGUUGGCACAGCUGGAAGACGAGUCCUGGUGUGGGAUUUGAGGAACAUGGGCUACGUACAGCAAAGAAGAGAGUCCAGUCUCAAGUAUCAGACGCGCUGCAUUAGAGCCUUCCCCAACAAACAGGGCUACGUCUUGAGUUCAAUCGAGGGACGUGUAGCUGUGGAGUACCUGGACCCGAGCCAGGAGGUCCAGAAGAAGAAGUAUGCCUUCAAAUGCCACAGGCUGAAGGAGGAGGGAAUUGAGUUUGUUUACCCCGUCAAUGCCAUCUCGUUUCACAGUAUUCAUAACACCUUUGCCACAGGUGGCUCAGACGGCUUUGUAAACAUCUGGGACCCGUUCAACAAGAAGCGCCUGUGUCAGUUCCACAGGUACCCGACCAGCAUCGCCUCACUGGCGUUCAAUAACGACGGCACCAUGCUUGCAAUCGCCUCCUCCUACAUGCACGAGAGGGGAGACAUCAGCCACCCAGAAGAUGCCAUCUUCAUCCGCCAAGUCACGGAUGCUGAGACGAAACCCAAGUCAACCUAAGUCCGCCUCGGAAUGGUUCCCUCUGCGUAUGAAGCCUUUUAUCACAUUUGGGUUAUCUGCUGGCAUCCAGUGUGUACCAUUACCUUGUUUCCUUUCAUUUCUUUCCAUUCCAAUUUUAUUUUUAUUUUUUCUUGUAAUUUGUGAUAACCUUUCUCCUCUUUUGUGUCUCUUGUUAAAUAUUUCAUUGUUUCAUGUAUGAUAUGAUAACCAGCUGUUUUCUUGACUAAAACGUAUUUUGUAUACACCUUUUUUUUAGACAUUUUUUACGCGGUCAUUUUGGAGUCAUCAACUAUGUAUCGUUGAUUUUAAAUUUGUUGUCUGACUCUAGUUACUUCUCACUUCACUUAAGCUGUCCUGUCUUGUAAAACUGAUAGGAGUUUGACACUUUUACGCAAUAAUAAAACCAUUUGUAUCUCAA